CUCGCGUGCGUUACGCUGAAGCGAUCCUGUGGAGAACCAACGAAGCAGAAGCGGAAGAAGCGGCGCAGCGUUCCAUCAAACUGGCGUGCUGAACGAUAGAAAAGCAUUAUUUUUUAUUGAAAUAUUCGGAUUUAUUGAGUAAAAAUGCCGGAUUUAGCGGUAGAAAGGGUCGUCGUUCAUCCCUUGGUGCUAUUGAGUGUCGUGGACCAUUUUAACAGGAUUGGUAAGGUUGGCAGUCAGAAGCGGGUUGUGGGUGUUCUGUUGGGUUCAUGGCACAAGAAAGUGCUUGAUGUGUCCAACAGCUUUGCUGUGCCUUUUGAUGAGGACGACAAGGAUGAUUCAGUUUGGUUCCUGGAUCAUGACUACCUGGAGAAUAUGUAUGGCAUGUUCAAGAAAGUGAAUGCAAGGGAGAGAAUAGUUGGUUGGUAUCACACAGGCCCAAAGCUGCACAAAAAUGAUAUUGCCAUAAAUGAACUCAUGAAACAGUACUGCUCUAAUUCGGUUUUAGUCAUUAUUGAUGUGAAACCCAAGGACCUGGGGUUGCCAACUGAAGCUUACAUCUCAGUGGAGGAAGUGCAUGAUGAUGGAACUCCCACAUCUAAGACGUUUGAACACGUGACCAGCGAGAUCGGAGCAGAGGAGGCAGAGGAAGUUGGCGUGGAGCAUUUGUUGCGUGAUAUCAAGGACACAACAGUUGGCACUUUGUCGCAGCGCAUCACCAAUCAGGUUCAUGGCCUGAAAGGUCUCAACUCCAAGCUGCUGGAUAUCAAGAGCUAUCUGGAGAAGGUUGCAACAGGCAAACUGCCCAUCAACCACCAGAUCAUUUAUCAGCUGCAGGACGUGUUCAAUCUGCUGCCUGAUGUCAACCUGCAGGAGUUUGUCAAGGCCUUCUACCUUAAGACCAACGACCAGAUGCUUGUGGUCUAUCUGGCCUCGCUCAUCCGCUCUGUAGUGGCGCUCCACAAUCUCAUCAACAACAAAAUAGCCAACCGUGAUGCAGAAAAGAAAGAGGGCCAAGAGAAAGAUGACAGCAAGAAAGAAAAGAAGGACGAGAAGGAUAAAGAUAAGGACAAAGACAAGGAGAAGGGAGAUGCUACAGCCAAGAAAGAUGACAAAAAGGAAAAGAAAUGAACCUGAACUGGCAUGAACUUGGGCUUACACAAUCUUGGCUGCAUGAGGGAGGAAUUCAACAUUUCUUUGCCUCCUCUUGUAACAAUCUGCAGUUUAAAUUGGGCGUUUUUCUGUCUUUUUGAUAUAAGGACUUACUUUUGGUUUUGAUUAAAAGAGAAAAGGAAAUCUUUCCCUUGUUGAUGUUUUGGUCCUUAUCAAGGUUGACCUAUUUACACUUACAUUAUAGUUCCAUUAUUAGACCAUCGCAAUAUCAAGACAGGUGUCCAGCGUUACAGCAAAGUCCAACUGCAGACAUGUCAUUGCAUUGUGUCAUUGUAUUUACACUGAGAUUUCUUUUUUUAUCAUAAAAAGCAAUGUCAAACAAG